AGGUUGCCUUCCCCUUUCCCCUCCCCCAACCGCUCUCCACUGGGCCAGAUGGAUUCAAAGCCAGCGAAUCUGAAGGGGGCUGAGAAUGGAAGUGGCUUUGGCUGUGGGGCAAGGCUCUUUGAAACUUAGGAUCAAUAACCUGAACCUCCUACUUUGGAUGGAGGGUCUAAAAGACUCCCGCCCCCACACCCGCCACUUUAUAGCAGGUUAAGUAGUUUGGGGUUCAGUACUUACACAACUCCUUGAAAGCCUCUCGGGUGCCGGGACAAAGGUCGAAACUGCCAUGAGCCGGCACUGCAGCAAGCAGCACUGGGGAGACUGGCUGUGGUGUUCCUGGCCCUCUUCGUCUGUCCCUCCCUCCCUCCAGAAGGGGACUGAGUUCCUUCACAAGAUGCACUUUAGGCCAAAGUGAGAGACUGAGUGAGGUCCCCACUGCCUCCCUCAGUCUUGGCUCCCUUUCUUAGCCGGGAGGCUGGGAAAGUUUCUUUCUCUUUCAGCCCUCAGCCAGAUCAGGGAAUCCGUCACCCCUUUGGGUGAGCAGAACUGCUGUCCCACUUGGAGGUGAAGGAGGCUCUCUGGAAGUACCUGGUCUCAGCUGUGACCCUGAAAAUUCGCAGUGCUGGUGGGUUGGGCCCGCUAACGUGGCAGAUCUGGCCACAGAAUCUUGGCACUAGGAAAGAAAGCCAGACUCCCAGGAAGGAGCAUGGACAUGCUACAGAUCCCGACCUAGUUGGUCGGGUAGCUGGCUACCCCAGAGGACAGGAGCUGGCUGAGGUUGCUGGGUCCGGCUGCCUUCUCUUCCUUGGAUGGUGGUGCUCCCCAGGCUGGCCCAGAUUAAGUUCUGCAGGGACCCAUCCAAGAAAUGCCGCUUGAGGCUGCGGGGGGGGGGGGGCGCCUGACUCUCUGUUCCUCCAUCCCUCCGGGGCCGAGAGUCUGCGACCAGAACGCUGGGAAGGAAAGAAACGGGGCCAAAGCUCUCCCUCCCGCAGAUUGUCUAGAGGUCCUUGCUGGAGUUACAAACCAGCUCUGGCCGCCCGGGAAAUCUGCAUGAUCCUUGGCUCCCUCUGGGGCAGGCCAAGGGCGGAUCAAGCCAGAGAUGCCACUUGUCUGCCACGCUUCGUAGGCGCCAGGCGGGCGGCGGCCUCUUUCCUGGAGGGGGCCCAGGUCUCCGUUGCAACACUUCGGCGGAGCAGGAGGCAGACGCGGGAGAUCGGCUCCGGACUCCUUCGGCCGGGAAGACGGAGGGUUGACUUAGGCCGUGUGUCCCUCGGGAGUCUGCAAGCAUUUUCCCUGGGCGGCCGGAGAGUGCGGCCUCGAUGCGCAUGAAGGGCUUCUGAGCAGGGCGGGUGCGCGCGCGCCAGACCCCUUCUGGUCGAGAGAAACUAUAAAGAACGGACAAUAAAAGUCCGCUGCCCCGACUCUCCUCCUGCCCUCCGAAGAGCCCAGAAACGCGGACCGUCUCCUAACCUGAAGGAGCCCGCUUUCUUGCCCGGUGCGAAAGAGAACUGGCUGGCUGUCCCUGAAACUUUCCCGCGCAUGGGUUGGGUCAGCGGGAAGAGGCCCUUCGAGGCUUGAGGCUGGGGAAGGGGAAGCGAUGCCGCGAGUGCGGAGCAGCCGGCGGAGGGGAGGCUGCAGCAGCAGCAGACGGCUCAAGCUGGAGCUGGGUGUCCCAGGGCAGCGGACGUCCGCAGAGGUUCUUGGGGUGUGCAAAACGCCUGGUCCUCCUCCUCCUCCUCCUCCUCCUCGGUGUCCUCUGGAGAGAUCCCGCCCCCGCCCCCCCGCGGAGGCGGAGAAACCCAACUCCUCAGCCUGGACAGCAGCUUCAAACCCAAGGACGAGCAGUUCUUCCGGGAUGCCCGGCCUUCCGCCUCCCGCGAAGGGAGGAUUGCGAAGCCAGCAGUUUGCUUCGCGUCAGCUGGGCGCGCUCCCGGGUCCUUCUAUUUUUACGGCCGGCGAGAGUGAGGGGGCACAAGCAGGGCAUGCGGCCGGCCGCCGCCGCGCACCUGCGAAGGCGGGGACAGGCGGAGAGAGAGGAUCGCCUUGGUGGCCAGAGAGCCAGGCCGCGUGCCCCUCCCCCUCCUGCGAGGGCCCAUUUCGGGCUCAGGGAAGCCACUGGGUUUCCUCGGUGAAGUCCUUCGCAAGAAUUCGCCGGCGCCGGGUCGGCGCAGAGCCGCAGAAAAUUUUACUGGUCCUUGGGGCUAAACUGCCUCCUCCCGGCUUCCUUCCCGGGAGGGGUACAAGCGGCAGAAAAGAACAGAGGAGCGUCGGAGAAACGGAGUAAGGCUGGGCUGCUGCGGCCCCAGGGAGCCAAGCUUCUCCGGCGAGCGCUGGGAUUCCUCUCCGGUGUUCGCUCUUUGAGCCCUGAGGCUGGCUGGCACCAAGCAAACGCCCCUUUGCAUGGAGAGCGCGAAUGCCUCCCUUCCUCUGGAGAGUCCUGGCCAGCUCCUGGCUGAAGUCCAGCCAGGCCCUCAAUGGGCCUAAGUUCUUGGCCUAGUGCCCCUGACUUUCUGCAAUGGUCACCCGCAACAAAGGCAUGGAAAAAGUAUUCCCCUCCCCCCAUGCAGUAAGAGCUGCUCCCCCCUCCCCCUAGAUUGCUGCCCGGAAUUUCUGGCACCUUUACAGCUUCUUUUUCUUUUUUCUUUUUUUCUUUUUUAUCUUUCACUGCACAAUCCCUGAGUCAUGAUUCUCUGGGAGCUUCAGAAGCUGCCACUACCGCAGCAUCUCCGCACCAUCUACCUGCCACGUCAGCAGAAGCUAGCCCGUGGCUCAGGAUGCCCCCAAGACUGGCAUCCUCUGCCCUUCCCCUUAAGACAGGAGCUUUUCCUUUCUUCUUUCCCUCAUCUCUCCCCCCCACUUUCUAUGCAACAUCGGAAGGGUUGUCUAGUUUGGAUGGCACUGCUCUGGCACAAGCUAGGCUGAGGGUCGCUCUGCUGAAACGGCCGCCAGCUGCUUCCCAGAGAGUGGGAUGUUGGAGCCCCACCACCUCCUGCAUUCCUGGACCGUGUGAGCUUUGAAUUCCUUCCCGAGAUGCCUGAAGCAGGUUUGGGCUUGGAGGACACAAGAAGCGUUGAUGGGAAAGGCCUGUCCCUAAAGCUAGCCUAGCUAAAUUGGCAGCAAAAGCCCAGCUCCCCAGAAGUGAAGGUAGCCCUUCCUUGAUCAGCACGAAGGCUUCCCUCCUGCUGCUUCAGCAGUGACUCUACCUUCGCAUGUGAGAAAAAAUCUUCUCUCUGCCCAAUUGCCGCUCCUCGCCUGGUUUUCCUGCUGCCCUUCCAUCCCCUGCUCCAUCCGGAGCAACCUUCUCAGCCCCCAAAUAUCCCACUGGAGAGAAGUUAGCUUCCCCACUGCCCCUGCGGGGGAUUCAGGGCCAAGCUGGGCAGGGCUUCCUUCCUAUUCUAGCUGCCUCGCCUACCCCUGGGGAGGACAGGCCAAUUUUUGCCCCCCAAAAGCACCCCUUGCCUAUCUUGCGUGGAAAUUCCUAAGGCCUAAUUCAGCCGCCUGCGUUGGUGGAACAGAGGAGGGAAAGACUCCGUCCCCGUCGGGGUUAAGUGCAAAGCAACCAAAGCGGGAGGGCUUGGCACGCCUGCUCCAGCCGUUUAUCCGGCGCUGCGGGCGGCAGGCGGCCAACGACCUUCGGGGAGGACGGUGCUGCUCCCCAGGCCCGGUGCGACGAGGCUGCGCGCGCCCUCCACGCCUCCGCGGGGGGCCUGGCAUCACCGCGGAGGCGGUUCCGGGAGUGUCCGCCUCCGCCUCUCGCUGCCGUUUGGGCUGCCGGCUGCUGGAAGGGGCGGCCCGUGCGCGGAGCCAGGAGCGGCAACUGCGGCGGUCGGUCGCGAAAGCAACUUCGGCAGUUGGAGACUGCGGCGUCAACGGGAGAGGAGAGAGGCGGCCGAGGAGUUGCCGAGAUGGCCGUGGACUGGCUGGGAGUCGCCUUGCUAGGACUUCAGUUGUGCUCUCGGACAGUGACCUUGGAGGUGUCAGUGGGCAAGGCACCUGUUAUUUAUGCCAAGAAUGGCACCAAUGUGCUACUGCCCUGUACUUUCAACUCCUGCAUCGGCAUUGAGAAAGCCAGCUUCGUAUGGAGCCACAAUCAGACCGAAAUAUUCAAAGGGGUUGUAAAGAACAAAGACUCCAAGCCAGAGCCUCAUCCAGAGUACAAGUUCAACCUUAAGCACAUAUUGCCACCUGACCUACCACUCAGCAAGGACAACCGGGAGUUCAACGUUUCCCUCCUAUUGCUUGAUGCUGACUUUGAGGACUCUGGGCCAUACACCUGCUUGGUCAAGAAUCCCAAAGAGAAGGAUGCCAACCACAGUGGCACCUUUACUCUCAAAGUGGUUGUGAUGUUGGAGAAGGUUGACAACACACUGACGCGGAUCAUUUUGUCUGUUGCGGGUGGCGUCAUUGGGCUCCUCAUCCUUAUCAUGCUGACCAAGAAACUGGUCCUCUUCAUUCUCAAGAAGACACGGAAACAGAAGGAGUGCCUUGUGAGCUCUUCAGCAAAUGAGAACACAGAGAAUGGGCUGCCGGGCUCCAAAAUGAACUCCAAAUCAGCCCCAAAGGUCUGACUCCAUGAGGUGCAGAUCUCUGGGGUCCAACCCUCCAAGUUGAUCUGCCGGACUCUAGCAAGGGCAGGAGAAGACCCUCUUUCAAACGACUGAUGCUUGAGACACAACUAUGUUACUCAACUGGCUGCAAACAAGCGCUGCUUCUUGGGAGAAAUUGCAGAGAUGGAUGGCAAGCCUGGCAUUGCUCAUGUCUGAAAGGUGAAGGGUUCUGGACUCAGGCUGAGCUUCAGUUUCAAGAAGUCCUGUAGCUGCAGGAAUGAAGUAGAUGGGCAUUAGACCAAAGACCUGGUUCUCCUUCUGACAAUCAAAUAUCAUCAGCAUUGGGGUGUGGGUUGGAAAUGCUGCCUUCCUUCCUCAGAAAGGUAGCGGAGAAAGGGAUGACUGAAAGGGCAGGGUGAGAAGCUGGAUCUGCUUUACCUGCAUCUGGAAACCAGUAGGUGCACCUCUGCUGAAUAUUGGUUUCUGUGAUGCAUUCCUAUGGAGAGGGAGGUGGGCUUUGCUGGAGCAGUGGCCUAUUGGAGGCCCAGUGGAGCCGAGUAUGGUUUCCUUAUCCUCUUUAGUGGUUCUUCAGUGCUUCAGAAUUGAGGGUGGCUGCAUCUGGACUUAGGUCUUUUUUCAGGUCUCCUCCUGGCAAGAGAGCAGAGCAGAUGUGCAGUGAUGCCUCGAGAGACAGGAACCAGGUGGUGUCUCCUUUGCAUGGUCUCAUGGUUUUAGGCUGUCCUUGCUCAAUGAGAAGCUGAUGUCCAAGCGCUCCCCUGCCAUGCUGCCGAUUCUUCCCCUCGGCUUCUUUACUUGCAUGCUCAUUCCCUGGUCUCCUUGCCAGGGAGAGGGGGCCUGCAGGAGCUGAGCUUUUUACCCAAGCAUGACAAGAGCAGCAUUUCUAAGGCCUUAUUACCGAAGCCCCUCUUGGCCCGAUUUAAUACCCCAAGGAGCACCUGCCCUGUCUGUUGCCCAGGUGAACAAGAUGCCAGAUUGGCCAGAUGCCAAGUCAAGAUGGUCGAGGAGCAGCUGCAUUCUGGUCAUCCUAGCAACCCUUCCCUUCCCUGGCUCCCUGCAACUGGCAGCCUUUCCCAGACGACCAGCCAGGCCAAAAGAUGCCCAGAGACCUCAUGCUCUUCUUGGCCAGACCGUUUCCCCAUCCAGCUUAAUUUAUGGUGCUCCUCUGCCGGAGGCAACAUCUUUAGGUUUUCUUAUUUAUUCUGAGGUAUAAUUUCAGGGGGGGGAAAGAAAUCAUUAACAGGUGUAGCUGUUGUGAUUGUAAAAGAUAUGCCCCCCUCCUAUACAUACAUCAACUACAUUCACUAUCAAACCUAUGAGAUGUUCCCCCCCCCAAAAAAACAUAUGAGCUCUUACCAAAUGCCCUUGUAAAAAAAACUCACAGCAAGCUGAAUUGACCUAAGUGGUGAUGGGGAGAGGACUCAGUCAGGAAUCUAUGGUCUAUUCACUGUUCUGAAAGAUAAUAUGGCGAGCAAGUGACCUAAUAGGAAGGGAAAUGGGUUUAGCUUAAAUAUUCCAACAGCACUCUGUCAUUUCCACCCUCUCUGCCUUUUCUCUCUGUCUGGCUAUAGAAGGCCAAAGGUCCAUCAGCACUGCCUCUGCUUUUGCUCAGGACUGCUCAUCUUUGCUGGGAGCCCAAUAUCGUAGUGCCGAAAAUAAACAAAAUGGAGGCUGCACCCUUUCCCCACACCGUCCUCUCUCUGCCCAAUCCCUUCAGACUCAAAUUGAUACACCCGGCCCCAGACAAGGCCUUCCGCAAGCCAGUCUUAAACCAACUGGGUGAAGAACCCCAACCUUCUCCUUCAUGAGUGGCUUUCCAGCUCCUGUGGCCACCGGAAAGGCUCCCUUGGCCUAAAGACAAGACUGACCCACCCAGGUAGCCCAAAUGGCCAGCCAAUCAGAUUCCGAAGACUUCCUGCCUUGUAGCCCUAACUUCUAUAAACAUCUUGACUUUCUCGUAGUUUGGGACCCCUUUUUCUUCUAAUGCAGACACUCAACAGUCCUUGCAAUAAACACAGUUCUUCUCCCUA